AUACUCAAUUGUAUACUUCAAAACCGUUUGAAAACUUUGCUAAUGAGUGGAACGUAAGCGAUGCUAAAAUCAAAAGUAUACAGUCAAUGACUAUGGGUGAUAUUCACAAGGACUUGCUGCAAUCAAUAGAAAAAGAGCUUUCAUCCAAGUUGGAACUUUUAUUAGAAGGCAUGGUCUAUAAGAAACGUUUAUCCAUAUCAAGGACAACUUGGUCGGGGUAUGUUAUAAAAAAAAGCUGCGGAUUCAAGACGAAUUAUGGCUUAGAGUCAAAGAUGGUGCAUGGAUGGUUAAUGCUGUCGAAAACAUUUUUUGAAUACCAAACCUUUGUUUCGCCAGCACCUUAUGGGCCAUCAUAUCUAUAUCAACAGGAUAUAGUUGUUGGACAUAGAGAUCUAGUAAUAUCUGAAAUAUAUUUAUCGAUUAUCAAAAAACCACCAAUUAUAAUAUCUCGAUAUGCUGCGAAAGAUGCAAAGAUUACAUCAAUGUCGAAAUUUGAAGGUUCUACGCCAAACUGCAUUAUAAGCAUAGAUUUAUCGCUCAAAAGCGUUAAUGUUUCAUGUUCGAACCAACUUCUUGAUACUGGUACCAUGCUUAUAACUGAUACGUAAGUAGUGCUAAUUCAAUUGUAGAGACGAGCAAAAAGUGUUUGGAAUCUAACUUAGCCUCGCUGAUAUAGCUACAAGCAACCUUUGAGCACUUAUUUUAGACAUG